AUGGUGUGUACAGAAGAAGAUAAGAAAAAAAGAGAAGAAAAUGAAAAAGAAUUAGAGGAAAAAAUAAAGAAUAUGAGUUUUGAUGAAAGAAUAAAAAAUGCGCUUGAUGCUAAAUUGGAUGGAAACAAUGAUUUUAAAAAUAAAGAUUAUGAAAAUGGUAUUAAUAAAUAUAAAACAGGUUUAAGAUAUAUAAAAGAUAUGGAAGAUAAAAAUGAUAAAAUAAAAGAACUUGAAAUAGCUUUAUAUCUUAAUCUAAGUAUAUGCUAUUAUAAUAUGGAAAAUUAUAAUGAUGCACAUGAAUAUGUAACAAAAGUUUUAAACAUUGAUAAAACAAAUAAAAAGGGUAUGUUUAGAUUAUGUCAAAUUGAAUUUAAUAGAUGUAGUUUUGAUGUUGCAAAAGAAAAAAUUCAAGAAUUUUUGAAAAUAUAUCCUGAAAAUUUAGAUGCAAAAAAAUUAUUAAAAAAUGUUAUAAUUAAACAAAAUGAAGAUAAUAAAAAACAAAAAGAAGCUUUUUCUAAAAUUUUUGAAAAAGCAUCAGGAUUAUAUGAUGAUAGAGAAAAAGAAAUAAUACAAAAAAAAAAAGAAAAAUAUGAACAAGAUAUGAAAAAAAAAAAAGAAAAUAAUGAAGAAAUUAUAGAUUUUGAAGAAUGGGAAAUUCAAGAAAAUGAAAAAAGAAAAAAAGAAGAUGAAGAACAAAAAAAAAAACAAAGAGAAAAAGAAAUGGAAAGAGAAAAAGAAAGAGAAAAAAAUAAUAAAAAAAAACAAUAUAAUAAAAAAAAUGAAUCUAUAUCUUCAAAUACAACACAUAAUUCAUCUGAUCUAGAAAUCGAUGAAGAAGACCAAAAAAUAAUUAAUGAAACAAAAAAAAUGGGUUAUUGUUAUUUUAAAAAAGAUAUAAAAGAAGAUGAUAAAAAAUUAUUUGAAAAAAAUAUACCAAGAAAAAUAGAAGAAGCAAAUGACAUUGAUUUGAAUUCACAACAAACUUCAAAUAAAGCAAUAUCAUCUUGGAAUUCAGGAGGUACAACAUAUGAAGAAAAAGAUAUGACCAAAUGGGUAAAAAAUAAAUUAGAUUAUUAUUUAAAAAAUAUUAGUUUUAAAAAUACAGAAGAAUCUGAUUAUUUAAAUUUAAAUAACCAAAAUGAAUUUAAUUUAACAAAUAUAAGUUAUCCAGAAAUAUUACCUGUACAAUAUUUAAAUAAAAUUAAAAUAAAUGAAGUCAAAGAUUUAUCAGCAGAAGCUCAAAUAGUUGUUAUAAGAGGAACAAAAAGACACAUAUUCGAAUUUUCUUGUAAUUUACAUGUAUCACUUUAUAUAAAUUUACCUGAAUUUCAUGUUCACAAAAUUAUUGUACAAAUUAAAGAAUUAUCAAGCGAAUUAGAAGCUGGAAAAACAUGGAAAAAUUAUAUUUUUAUAAAAAAAAAUGAUAAAUUAAAAAUACCUGAUAAAUUAUUUGAUAAUAUAUAUACCUUUGUGAUUAAUGAUAUAGAAACACAAAUUAAAAAAUUUACAGAAGAAUACAGUACAAUGUGA